AUGGGCUGCCACACCCGCCUACUUUGGCUGCUGUUCUUCCAUGCUGCGAUUCUACCUGAAGCAGCUUGUUACAGGAGGGACAUCAGCGGGUCCGGAGCAAGGCUGGGGAAGGAACGGCCUAGGAGAAGCUCCAUCCAAGGCUUGUCUGAGGAGCAGCAAGAAGGACAUGGUGAGGAGCCAGCAGCAAGGCCUCAAGGUGAUGGAAAUCCAGCCAGCAUAUUAUCAGUUUUGCCUGCUGCCAUCUCCACUCAGCCAUCUUCUAAGCUUGCCCCGAGUUCCUCUAUAUCAGUUCUACCUGUGGCUGACUCAGCACCUGGCGGUCGAAGAGCACAUGCGCCCAGGCUCAACCUGACAGGUGCUGAUAUGUUACCAGACCCCACUCCAGUAAUAGAUCCGGAGUCGUACAAGCCAUCAGGAGGCUGGGCCCCCAUGAGGCUGGCAGGCAACCACGGGAACUGUUCAGGCCGUGUAGAGCUCUUCUACCAGGGAGUCUGGGGGACUGUGUGUGAUGACCUCUGGGACCUUCCACAAGCAAACAUCAUCUGCAGGCAGCUGGGGUGCGGCUGGGCUGUUUCAGCCCUGGGCGAAGCUUACUUUGGGCAAGGUUCUGGGAAGAUUCUCCUUGAUAAUGUUCAUUGCAAGGGGCACGAGGAGCACCUGGAGGAGUGCUCCCACCUUGGGUGGUUCUCCCACAACUGUGACCACAGUGAAGACGCCAGUGUCAUCUGUUCAGAUGCUGAAUACGGAACGGUCACACUCUCAGAUCCCCCAUUGGCUGCCAUGGAAGGAACAACGAAUCCAGAAAAAUCUCGGUGUGGUGGAGUUAUUACCAGUGCACCCGGAAAAAUUAAGAAUCCCCCAAUGAAUGAAAUGCAUGACAACAUAACCUGUGUGUGGGAGAUCAGGGCAAGCACCUCUGAGCAUAUACGGCUGGCGUUCCCAUCUCUUGACCUUGACUGCACCAAUGAGUAUUUUGAAAUCCUGGAUGGCCCUCCGUCCUCCACAAAGUCCCUGGGGAAACCCUGCCGUGGGUUGCACAUCACCUUCGCAUCUCACUCUAGCUCAAUGACCCUCGUGUACUUCCGAGGUGAAAACAACAUUGGGAAAAACUUCAUGGCAUAUUAUUAUUUUGAAGCCAAAGACAUGACAACAAAGACCCCGUAUCUGAUCACCAUCCCCACAGCAACUUCCAAGAUGGUAACAGAAAGACCACAAUUCUCAAAUACUCCCAGUGGGAACAUCUCACCUCUUCCCGUAUCCGACUCAGGGGACUGGCCAGAGCUGCGGCUGGUGGGUGGCUCCAAUCGAUGCUCAGGGCGUGUGGAGAUCCUCUACCAGGGAGUCUGGGGGACUGUAUGUGAUGACCUCUGGGACCUGAAUGAAGCUGAAGUCAUAUGCAGACAGCUGGGGUGUGGUCAGGCUGUGUCUGCCCUUGGCAAGGCCUAUUUUGGCCCUGGUUCAGGAGAUAUCUUCCUAGAUAACCUCCAGUGUGCUGGGGUGGAGCACUUCCUGGGCCAGUGUGCCCAUUCUGGCUGGUCAGACCACAACUGUGGCCACCAUGAAGAUGCUGGUGUCAUCUGCUCAGGAUUCCAGGUGAAGGUAUUGGGGUGUGGGGACUCAUACCACCUCUCUCUCUCUCUCUCUCCCCCCACCCCAGGAGACUGGCCAGAGCUUCGCCUAGUGGGUGGCUCCAGUCGGUGCUCAGGACGAGUGGAAAUCCUCUACCAGGGAGUCUGGGGCACCAUAUGUGAUGACUUGUGGGGUUCAAAUGAAGCUGAGGUUGUAUGCCGCCAGCUAGAGUGUGGUCAGGCUGUUUCUAGCCUUGGUGAGGCUUACUUUGGCCCAGGCUCUGGAGAAAUCUUCCUAGACAACCUUCAGUGUUCUGGAAUGGAACAUUACCUCGGCCAGUGUCCACAUUCAGGAUGGUCUGAACAUAACUGUGGCCACCAUGAGGAUGCUGGUGUUAUCUGCUCAGAUUCAGAUGCCCCUCCUCCACCUAUGCCGCCAGGUCCUCCUCCAACUUCUCAGGAUCCACUAACAGGAGGAAGUAACUCUUGUGGAGGAGUCAUCUCCAGCCUCUCGGGUUCAUUUACGAGUCCACGGUACCCAGAAAACUACCCAACAGACAUCCAAUGCGUGUGGGAGAUCCAUGUGGAGAAAGGUUUCCGCAUAGAACUCAUGAUUCCGAAUCUGAACCUGGAAGAUAUCCUUGGAUGUCCCUAUGACUCAAUUGAGAUCUUCGAUGGCCCCAGAAUUGCAUCACUCUCCAUGGGGAAGUUUUGUGCCCCAUCAGCUGUGGUAUUUUUCUCCUCCUCAGACAUCUUGACAGUGGUGUUCCGCAGCGAUUAUAUGACAACAAACACUGGCUUUUAUGCUUUCUUCAAUGCAAUUCCACAAGAUGGAAGAGAGUCAGAAGAAAGACCAGUGCUGCGGUUGGCAGGCAGCUCUGGACAGUGCUCGGGACGCGUGGAGAUCCUCCACCAGGGGGCCUGGGGCACCGUGUGUGAUGACCUGUGGGACCUGAAUGAAGCUGAGGUUGUGUGCAGACAGCUGGGCUGUGGCCAUGCUAUUGCUGCUCCUGGAAGUGCCUACUUUGGUCCAGGCUCUGGAAACAUCCUUCUGGACAACAUUCAGUGUUCAGGAACGGAAAACCACUUUGGCCAGUGUUCCAGCUCUGCCUGGUUAGACCACAACUGUGGCCACCAUGAGGAUGCUGGCGUUAUCUGCUCAGAUGCAGAUGUGACUCCUUCACCAACAGAAGGAAGUCACUCCUGUGGAGGAGUAAUUUCAAAUCUCUCGGGCUCCUUCUCCAGUCCUUGGUAUCCUACUAACUACCCCACGGACACAGAGUGCAUCUGGGAGAUACAUGUGGCUGAGAAGUUCAACAUAGAGCUGACCAUCCCAAGCCUGAAGUAA